GUGUAUAUCUGUGUGACCAUACAUAUCUGUGUGACCAUACACAUCUGUGUGACCAUGCAUAUCUGUGUGACCAUACAUACCUGCUUGCCGAUAGCGCGACUGUAUAUCUGUGUGACCAUACAUAUCUGUGUGACCAUACACAUCUGUGUGACCAUGCAUAUCUGUGUGACCAUACAUACCUGCUUGCCGAUAGCGCGACUGUAUAUCUGUGUGACCAUACAUAUCUGUGUGACCAUACACAUCUGUGUGACCAUGCAUAUCUGUGUGACCAUACAUACCUGCUUGCCGAUAGCGCGACUGUAUAUCUGUGUGACCAUACAUAUCUGUGUGACCAUACACAUCUGUGUGACCAUGCAUAUCUGUGUGACCAUACAUACCUGCUUG